GACGUCCUUGGGUGAUCUCCAACAAUUUUAAAUAAUUCUAAAAUUGUUGACUAUCAGGAAAAAGGGAGGCUUCUUUGGCUCAAUAAUAAAAGGAGCCCUCACACGCGUCUUACCGCAUUAUCGAGAGUUCACUAAUUCAGUAUAUACUGCAGAUUAUUUGCUUAACUAUUUUUAAAUAGAGUAUAAAUUAAAAGACAGACAAUUUAAAACAUAUAUUAAGACAAUUGUGCGUAUUUAAAAAAUUAUUUGCACUACAACUUGGAAAUCUGCAGUCUGGAUCAAGUGCUACCGACAUAUCACCCUACCUAUCACAUUGCACAUGAGAUACAUCAGAAACCAGGCAGGUUCAGAAUUUUUUUUUUUUAUACGCAGUAUCUGACCUAAAUUUAAAUAUCCGAUCACAUUUCCUUAAUAAUCAUUUUACGCGUAUAUAAAAACCGGUGUGAAUAAACGACGAGAAUUAAUUUGGUGCUAAACUUUGUGGAAAAAAAAAAAUUUGUGUUUUCGAUUAUUGGUAUUAUUAGUUUAACAAAAAUGAUGCUGAUAUUCUACAUCUUGAUUGUUGCAAUGCAUGAAUUGUCAGGUGCUCCUACAACGAACACAAGUGAACCUGUUAAUCUACCAUCAACGAAAAUCGUGGGCGGUAGUCCUGCCACUGAAGGACAAUUUCCUUAUCAGGCAUCCCUUCGUUAUAAGAAUCAGCAUUUCUGCGGUGGUUCUAUUAUAGAUAAGCGAUGGAUCCUAACAGCUUCUCAUUGUUUGGCAAGAUUUGAUGAUACGCCUAUCAAGGUCGUAUUGGGCACAAAUACUUUAGACAAAGGUGGUGAUGAGUAUUCUUCGAUCAAGAAUGUGAUGCAUCCCUCCUACAAUAGUCUCCUUAUUAGAAACGACAUUGGAUUACUCAAACUAAAUAAGGAUAUUGUUUUUGGGGACAAAGUGAAACCGAUUGCUUUGCCCACUCAAUACUUUAACAAAACUGGUUAUCCAGCGAUGCUGUCCGGCUGGGGUACAACCAGUUAUCCUGGGGAUGAGCCUAAUGAAUUGCAGCAUAUUGAACUUAGAGUCAUCAGUCAAAAACAAUGUUUAAACACCAGUUUUCGCAUUACCAAUAGCAAUAUCUGUACACUCAACAAAAAAGGCGAAGGCGCUUGUCACGGUGACUCUGGCGGACCCUUGGUAGCCGAUGGUGAACAGAUUGGUGUGGUAUCUUGGGGAAGACCUUGCGCUAAAGGAUCCCCAGAUGUAUUUACACGUGUUUACUCUUAUAUAGAUUGGAUCAAAGAAUAUAUUAUGACGCGGCUUGGGGAGAGGAUGGUCAGCAUGAGCUCCAUGCUCGUAGAGACAGUCAGUAUAAAUUAUGAAGAUUUUAAUGAGAGUUUUUUAACGUGCGGCACUUGUCUCUGCGUUUACGAUGGCAGCGAGCAUACACCUAAAUUAUUACCAUGUUCACACACGGUAUGUCUACAUUGUUUAACAAGGAUUGCUGCAUCCCAGACACGAGAGACAGGAGCAUUUAGAUGUCCCAUUUGUAGAGAAUUAAUAACAAUUCCUCGCGGAGGGGUCCCUGCACUGCCCCCCAGCUUCCUCGUAAACCAACUGCUAGAUCUUAUGUCUCGACAAAGACGAGAGGUCAUCCCAAAAUGUUCAGUGCAUAUAAAUCAGGAAUUAUUAUUUUGUGAAACAUGUGAUACAGUGUUUUGUACAGUAUGCACCGGUGGGACACACGCAAGAACAUCACCCGGAUGCACAGAACACACAAUUAUCCCUUUUAGUAUCGCGAUAAAAAGGAUGUCCGAGAUACUGCUUUACAAAGCCAACGAGUGUAUAUCCAAGUUAACACAGGCACAAGAUUCUGUAAGCACGGAACUGCAACGUCUAGAGGCUUCCACCGAAAGAUGUCUGAACGCGGUAGAUAAGGAAUUCGCGGAUAUCAUUUCGAAGAUAGAGAAACGUCGAGCGGAAUUGCAAGCAGCCGUAAACGCCGCCGCUCGCGACAAGAAGCACGUGCUCGAGGAGCAGCACUCUCUCAUCGAGGCGGAGAAAAGCAAGGUGGAGAGAGAAUGCGAGGGAUUGCAAUAUCAGGUCGAGGUCCGGAAUAUUACGCAGCGUAUUAACAGCCUGACGGAUCAACUUGACGCGGCGACCGCUCUCAGCGAACCGAAGGAGAAUGCCUUUAUCACUUUCGAGUUUAAUCAUAACGAUGCUCUCUCCCAGUUGGAGCAAGCGCUGAGCAACGUGGGACGAGUACGUUCUAGUACAACAUUGCCAGGUUUAUGCCGAGCGAGACUGAAAGACUUAGCGAUAGCGAAAUUACAAGCAACGGUUGUGGUCGAAACGGUGGAUUAUCAUGGCCAUCCUCGGAAUGUCGGUGGUGAUCUUGUCAGUGCUGAACUGACGCUCGCAGAUAAUAUACAUGUGGAAAAUCAAGGUACUACCAUCGAGACGGAAGUAAAAGAUCUGGAGAACGGCACCUACGAGAUUUAUUUUCGUCCACCGGCCGCGAGUCGAUACGUUUUGAAGAUAUCCGUAUUCGAACGACCCAUAAAAGAUUAUCCGCUGUUUUUUGACACGACCGAACAUAACGAAGCUAUUAAGAUAUAUGGAAGACGCGGUAAUGGAAAAGACGAAUUUCAUCAGCCAGUCUCGGUCGCAGUGGAUGAUGAAGGAAUGAUUUAUAUUUUAGAUACCGGAAAUUCUCGCAUUAAGGUACUCAAUUGUGACUUGGAAUUUCAAAGGCAUAUAAAUAAUGAAGGUUUAGAGGGUCGCAGUUGUACAGGAAUCGACGUUUCUCAACAAGGUCUCGUAGUUGUAAAUUGGCGAACGCGAAAGAUCACGGAAAUGACUUCGUUGGGUGAUACGAUCCGAUUCUUUUCGCAUAACGCAUUUCAAGAGCCUAUAGACAUUGCAGUGGAUAAGAAUUACGGACACAUACUUGUCGCUGAUAACGGUCGAAGUUGUGUAUUCGUAUUCGACUCGGACGGCAAGCUACUAUUCCAGGUCGGCAAGAAUGGCUUCAAGCUAAUCAGUUCUGUGACUGUUGGUCCCGCCGGUGAGAUUCUAGUUGCUGAUAGUAGAAUUCAAGUGUUUUCCGCAAAGGGAGAUUUCUCUGAGGAAAUAUACUCCGAAGGCAAAGGAAAAGGUAGCUAUGGAGGAAUAGCUGUGGACGCGGACGGCAAGAUAGUCGGCACCCGUACAGACAAGGGUCGUAGUAUAAUACAAGUAAUGAAGCUAGGUGGAGGUAAUAUCUUAACCGAAAUUGACUCGCAUAGCUCGAAAUUGCGACGUCCGUCAGGUGUAGCCGUAUUGCCGGAUAAUCACCUAGUAGUGGUGGAUUUGGGCAAUGAUUGUAUAAAAAAGUACAGAUAUUGGUAGAAAAUCGUUGUCCAUUUGAGUAUCAAAAUUCACAAACCGCAAGCAGGAAGAAAGUUCGUUACGAAGAGAUACCAAAUGUCAAUCUAAUUUAGAAUUAUUUAUUCAGGUUUUUCUGUGAAAUUUAUAGCUCUAUAACGUUAUAUAUUAUCGCAAAAAAAUGUAAUACCUAUGUUUUUAUAAAAAUUUUUAUAUAUAGUUUAUAAAUUAUCGGAUAAGACGCGUGAGACGAAAUAAUAACGUUAAAAAAGGAAACAUCGCUAUUUUAA